AUGAGAAUAGCUGGCUUUUGGCUGUCAAAGAACUAUGCGGAAGAACGCCGGAGGAAGUUUGCUACAACAUAUUCGGUCAGCGCGGUCGUCAUCGCCGUCGGGAUCGUGACAAGGGAUUUGUAUUUUAGUUGGGGUGACUUUAGCGAUACUGUAUACACCAUGUGCAACGUCGUGACCGUCGUUCUAGUUUUACUUAAAUUUUUGGUUUCGCUUACAUAUAAAAAGGAACUGAUCGGCUUGAUACAGUACGCGAAAACGAACUUUUGGCACUCGAAUUACGACUCGUACGAGCAAAUGAUAGUGGAUAAGUGUAAACAGAAUAUCGGGAAAAACGACACAGAUCGAAUACUUCCAUUUAAUUUGUGGCUAAACAACACAAUAUACAAUACGACGCCGUAUUUUGAAAUGCAGUUCGUGUUAGAGAUUCUGUCUCUGUAUCACGUCGGCGUGUGCUAUCUUUGCUUCGACAAUAUUUUAUGCAUAAUAAAUCUGCACACUGCUGGACAGUUCCGUAUCUUGCAAUAUAGAUUUGCAAAUAUGUGCAACACGAACGAUCUCGAAAAAUUCCAUGAAGUUUCGGAAAAGUCGUCGUACAGUAUGUAUAAAUAUAGGAGGCUCAAGACCUACAUUCAACAACAUCAAAUGCUCAUUGGGUAUUGUAAAUCGCUCGAGCAUGUAUUUAACUUAAUUGUGUUUUGGCAAGUGUCGCUCUUCAGCCUGUUAAUAUGCCUCGAUGGUUAUUUAGCUCUUACGAGCGGCAUUCCUUUUACAAGACGGCUUGUUUUCACAAUUCAUAUGAUGGGUAGUAUCUAUCAAUUGCUGAUGUUCACUUAUAGUUGCGACACUUUGAUACGAGAUAGCUCGAACGUGGGUAUUGCUGUAUACGGGAGCUUAUGGUCGCUUCUGCCAAUGGACAAAUAUGGGAAAAUGUUACGAAGAGAUAUGAUACUGGUUAUCUUGAGAUCCAAAACACCCUGUUGCUUAACUGCUAGCGGAUUCUUCAUAGUAUCAUUGGAAACAUAUACCAAAAUUCUAAGUACUGCAGUGUCAUAUUUUACGUUAUUGAAAAAUAGUUCUGAUAUGUAA